CAAAUUGAGUUUUUAUUUUAAGGAAAUAAGAGAAAAUGAUAAUGAUUUAUGUUUUUUGGUAUGACGACAAAAAGUAUAUUUUAAACAUUAUCAAUUUACAGAAGUUAUCUUAAAAUAAAACGUGUAAGUUGACCUAAACUUUAGAUGAUCAUCACUAGUUCUUGUUUGGAUCGGGAUAAUCAAUUCAUCAAUCAACAAGAAGAAGAAGAAGAAGCCAGAGUGAGUUCAUCUCCAGAAAAAUGCCUUCACGUUGUGAAAUUUGCUGUGAGAUUAUGAUCGCUGUCUUGCUCCCUCCUUUGGGUGUUUGUCUCCGCCAUGGUUGCUGCACUGUUGAAUUCAUUAUUUGCUUGCUCCUAACUAUACUAGGAUAUCUUCCUGGUAUAAUUUAUGCUCUCUAUGCCAUUAUCUUUAUUGAUCGUGAUCAGUACUUUGAUGAAUAUAGGCGUCCUUUGUAUGCACAAUCACAAUACUAGCACUAGCACUACCACUACCACAUAUGUCUUGUGUUCAACUCUUGAUUAUGUAUGUAAUCGACACCACUUGAAUUUUAUUCUUAUUUGUUGUAAUUCUCUUUGAGAAAAUUAUAUGAUGAUGUGAUUGUUGAUUGUAUGGUUAUUUGUAAGAUCAAAUUAUGAAAAUAAAGUGGUUAGUUAUAUUGUGGAA